AAAGCGGCUCGUAUUGUCGAAGAGCGGAAGGCCAACAAGGAAGCAAAGCUAAUGACUCAGAACCAAUUGCAGGAGUCUACAAAUACUUCAGCUGGAAUCCAGACUGAUCAGGCAUCUUUUGAGUCAAUGCCUCAAAUCGACCUACCCCCUCCUCCAAUGGCCCCUCCAUCUGAGCCAAAGUCGCAAGAGUCUAUUAAUCUUAAUCAGACUUUGGAGGAGAAAGAGAUACGGGAUCACGAGGUUUCUGAACAGCUGGAACCUCAGGAAUUGCCGCAGACGCCAUCACCUCGCACCAUGCCAGUUGAUUACGGUCCAAAAUAUGCAUUUUCUAUGCUUGUUGAGCCGGAUGUUGGGUGUCUUACCUUUGAUGAACUUGAUUAUACCUAUAGGCUAUGCCCUUUUGACCGGGCUUUUCAGGCACCACGUGGCUCAACUUCUGGUGGAACUCUACUGGGUCAAUGGGCUGGCUGGCUGGGAAAGGGGCAUCCAAAGCCAGGCACGAUAGCUGACGUAGACGAGGCUAGGGGAGAGACCAUAGAUAAACAGAAGCAUGACGCUUCAGAUGACAGCUCCACUUCUGAUUCAACUGAUGAAGCUGGCGAAUUUGAGAAGAAAAUUGAUCAGUCGUCCGAGCGAAAGCUGGAGAGGACAUGGAAAACCGAUCAAGAAGAGGACGAGAAUGAGGAGGAAGUUGAAGAGAAGAAGCGAGAUCGCGUUUAUGAUAUUAUGCUAUACGAAAACGGUGUUCAAUGCUGGAAUGGGCCCGCUAGAUCUGUCAAGGUUUACGUACACUGUGGCAGUAAAAAUGAAAUAACUUCUAUCAGCGAGUCUUCUCGUUGCCUCUACGACUUUCAUUUGUCUACUCCGGCUGCCUGUCAUCUCCCAGCUGAAAAGGCUUUGGCUGCUAAGUACCCUGAGAUGGUUUGGGAUGACCUACCUGUACACACAGAGCUCUAA